AUGCCUCCCAACCUCACCGGCUAUUACCGCUUCGUCUCCCAGGAGAAUAUGGACAAUUACUUGCGCGCUUUAGAUAUCAAUGUGGUCCUACGAAAACUGGUGUGCCUCCUGAAGCCUGAUAAAGAGAUCAUCCACACGGGAGAUCACAUGGUCAUCCGCACCAUCACCUCCCUGCGGGACUAUGUCAUGGAUUUUGACCUGGGAGUCCAGUUUGAGGAAGACCUGGGACCCGUGGAUGGACGCAAGUGCCAGACAACUGUAUCCUGGGAGGGGGAUCAGCUGGUGUGUGAGCAGCUGGGAGAGAAGAGGAACCGAGGCUGGAGGCACUGGCUGGAGGGGGAUCAGCUGCAUCUGUCCACCACCACCAUCGGCCGGCUCCUCCUGCCCCCCCUGCAUGUUCUUCUCAGGGAUCCUCGAGCAGGUUGGGUGGAGAACAGAACUUGUCCUUCAGAGUCAAGGAUUUUCGUGUAA